CAUUCUGAUUGGACGCUCUGGCUCCCACCAGUGCUUUCACGAAAAAGGCUUGCGAAAAGGGGCUUUAUUGUUUCUUUCCUUCGGAAGCCUAAAUUAUUUGCUAUCCACUCACUGCUUCGAUCAAAUCAAGAGGUAGAAAAUGGCUGGCGGCAAGGCAGGAAAAGACAGCGGCAAAGCCAAGGCCAAAGCGGUUUCGCGCUCACAGAGGGCCGGCCUACAGUUCCCAGUGGGCCGCAUCCAUCGACACUUGAAGACCCGCACCACCAGUCACGGUCGUGUCGGCGCUACCGCUGCCGUGUACAGCGCCGCCAUUCUAGAGUAUCUCACCGCUGAAGUCCUGGAGUUGGCGGGCAACGCGUCCAAAGACUUAAAGGUGAAGCGUAUCACUCCUCGCCACUUGCAACUGGCCAUCCGUGGAGAUGAGGAGUUGGACUCGCUCAUCAAGGCCACCAUUGCUGGCGGAGGUGUCAUCCCCCACAUCCACAAAUCCCUCAUCGGGAAGAAGGGCCAGCAGAAGACCGUGUAGAUGCCCCACCUCCAACGACAAGUUUUCUGGGCUUCUGUCAUCGGACCAGAUUUGUUUUUGUUUUCCAAGUUUUGUUAUUAUGAUGAUGAUGAUAGCAAACCAAGAGCGACUGUUUAGCGUUUGUGUUCUUAUAUCUCCCCCUUAACUAGAAUCACUUAACAACAACAACAACAAAAAAGAAAUACCUUUUUGUAUGCCUCGUGUGGUUAUAGAAUGCUUGAGUGGGGGGAGUUGUUGAUGUCAAAAUGGCGACGGUGAAUUUGUUUGAUUGGCCUGUUCUAUGUUUUAUACUGAAACUGUUAAAAGCUCUUGUUUUAUAUGAUA